AUGAAUAUAGACUCAAGGUUGGAUGAAUUUCAAUAUUACACAAGCGACAAGCGUUUCAAGCGCGAACUUAUAGACGGUCUAAGCUCAGUUCUAAAAUGGCUCAUUGGUACACCAGACGCAAAAGAUGCCGAAUACUAUAAUGAAUGUAUAGAUCUCUUAGAAAAGCAACAAAUUUCUACGAAUGAUAUUUUAAAACAACAACUCCAAAUUCUUUCUUCAACCAUUACUAACUUUAACAAUACCAUUUUAAAAAUUUCAUACGAUGAACACAUGAUCAAUGAAAAUUUAAUGAAAAUUAACUCCUAUAUUAACUCAACGAAUACUUUACUUUUUAAUCUCAGUGUAUCUGAACAGAUCUCAACUGUUUCUAUACAAAUUCUAGAACUCGUCACGUCUCUAGAAAAACAAAUUGAUGAUAUCGUUGCGAGCAUUUUAUUUAUUAAAUCGGGAGCAGUUCAUCCUUCGGUCAUAUCGUCAGUAAGUCUUUACAAAGAAUUAUUAGCAUCAAGUCAUGCUAGAACAUCAGGUAACCUAGUGGCAACCUCAAAAAAUGACAUAUUUACCUUAUACCAUUUAAUUUCAAUUCCUAUAAAACAUCCUGAGUCCUCCUUAUAUUCCACAAUCCUACCUGAGCACAUGUAUCUUGCUAUGAGCAAAAACAGUCAACGCUACCUGACGACGAACUCCGUGGAUAAGUGUCAUGAAUUCUCUCCAAACCUUCAUGUAUGCAGUAAGGUCACAAUCUUCAACUCAAACGCACGACCAAUCUGCGAAGUCUCCAUCUUGCUGACGAAUUCUAAAGACAUACCUCAAAACUGCGAGGUAUCCACAUUCUCUGCGCAUUUCAACACAUUUCAUCCAUUAAAAAAUAACAAAUGGAUUUUCAUACUUUCGAAGAAAAUUAAAUAUGCUAUGGAAUGCAACGGAAAAACUACACAUGGCGAAAUAUUUGGACACGGAAUAAUUCUGCUACAACCUGCAUGCAAAUUUUAUACACCAAUGGUUACACUCAUCGCUGAAGACUCGAAAUCGAAAAACAUAAGUCAUCCCAUUGUUACUGUCGACGUGGAAAAUAACUGCAUCGAAGGAACUCCAGAUCUUUAUAAUCCAGGACUCGUACCUAUCCAAAUUAACGAUGUUUCCUUAGACACUCUCAAUACUAUUAAAGACGAGAUCAAACAUCACUCUAAAAUACUAAAUCAAGAUAAAUAUAUCAUUCAAGAACAUCCAUACAAUUUCACUCUAAUGAGUUUAUCACUUGGAUCAGUCCUUCUUAUUUAUACUCUUUACAAGUUUUGCAAUUGUUGCAACCUCUUCAAAUACUUUUACCCAAGAAGAAACUCUCACGAACAAGGAUGCAUUCAAAUAUUUAAUAAUUGCUUCGACCAAUCCCGAAGACGACAACAAAUAGAAAUCCCAAUGUCUACAUACAAUACGACGACGACGACGACGGCUUGCAUCAGCUCGGACGACGAAGAAGAGGACGCCCAACAAACUUCUUCAAAAAGUUCACGCCAACAGGCGCAACCUUUAUUUUAA